UUGCCAAGUCUCUCUUGAAAAAAGCUUAUAAAUACUAGUCUUGAUGGAGGAUUAAAAUGCCAUCUACAUUAUUUGUACUAUCAAUCUCUUAACCUUGAAAGUUUAAUUAACAAGUAUAAUCACCAUGGCACAUAAUUUUGCUAUCCUUUUCACGACUCUCCUUGUGGUUAUUGCUGCUCAUAAUUCAUUCUACUCCACGAAAAUUCAUGUGAUGGCCCAAGAUGGUGUAUUACAAAUUGCAACAAAAUUAUUUCAAGAAGAUCAAGAUCCAACUUGUGGGAAACCAUGUACUACAAUGGAUGAUUGCUCUGAAGGUUGGUUCUGUCAAGCCUGUUGGAAUUUUAGACAGACUUGUGGGCCAUUUGUAGGCUAAGAUAUGGUCAUGGGCAUGCAAUUUCAGUAUUUAUCUUCUUUUCAACAUUUGAUCACUUAUAAGAUAAAUAAAUAACAUAAGUGACCAAAGUGCUCUUGUUCAAAGAAAAAAGUAUUUGGCUAAGAAAUAAACUCUGGGUGUGAUGUGUUCAUCAAUUAAAUAAAAGAUCAUACAAUGUAUGGUUUUGUA